UGCCCGGCCACGUCCUCCUCUGCCUGCCACCCGAGGGACCAUGUCCGCGCUCAGCUGGGGAUACGGCGAGCACAACGGUCCUAUUCAUUGGAAUGAACUUUUCCCUAUUGCUGAUGGGGAUCAGCAAUCUCCGAUUGAGAUUAAAACCAAAGAAGUGAAAUACGACUCUGCUCUCCGACCCCUUACUAUCAAGUAUGACCCGAGCUCAGCUAAAAUCAUCAGUAAUAGUGGCCAUUCCUUCAGCGUUGGCUUUGAUGACACAGAGGACAAAUCAGUUCUGCGUGGGGGUCCUCUCACUGGAAGCUACAGGUUACGACAGUUUCAUCUUCACUGGGGGUCCGCUGAUGAUCAUGGCUCUGAACACGUGGUGGACGGAGUGAGGUAUGCCGCAGAGCUCCAUGUUGUCCAUUGGAAUUCAGACAAAUACCCCAGCUUUGUGGAGGCAGCUCAUGAGCCAGAUGGACUAGCUGUCUUGGCGGUGUUUCUACAGGUGGGUGAACACAAUUCCCAACUGCAAAAGAUUACUGACAGUUUGGAUUCCAUUAAAGAAAAGGGUAAACAAACUCGAUUCACGAAUUUUGACCCAUUAUCUCUGCUUCCUCCCUCCUGGGACUACUGGACAUAUCCGGGUUCCCUGACGGUCCCACCUCUUCUUGAGAGCGUCACGUGGAUCAUUUUAAAACAACCUAUAAGCAUCAGCUCUCAGCAGCUGGCCAAAUUCCGCACCCUCCUGUGUACGGCCGAGGGGGAAACAGCAGCUUUUCUGUUGAGCAAUCACCGUCCACCACAGCCUCUGAAGGGCCGAAAAGUGAGAGCCUCUUUCCAUUAAAAGUUGUCACUGGUGGACCACCCAAACACGUCUGCAGAGAGAAAACGAAUCAAAACAAAACACAAAUCCCUAACGAUUCUUUCCUAAGAUUCUAAUUUACGGGUACCAUUUGCUGUCAGCUUCAGCAACACGAAGAAAAUCAGAUCUCUUGAAUCAAACUAACUUAAUUUACCUGUCUCAGAUUUGCUCUUGUGGGUAUUCAAGCAGUAAACAUUGUUUGAUGUGUAUUCAAACCCAUGAAAUACGUCUACUUGAACCUGCGUGAAAACACGGCCAGCAUUACAAACCUCAGACUGUAUUAAAAAUUUUCCCUUGCCAUAGAGACUGAA